AUGCUUGCAAGUGGAGUAACCUACGGCGUCAUGGCCACAACUCUCAUCGCCGUCGCUGCCUACGCUAUCAUCGUGAGUCGACGCUUGGAAAUCAACUCGGUCAAGAAUUUUGUCAGUGCUAAAAACUCGACCACGACACUACGUCUGGCCUGGUGUUUCUUCUCGGCGGGUAUCGGCGCUGGAACGCUCUUUUCGUAUCCUCAGAUUGGAGUGGAUGCUGGGUCGUGGGGAGUUAUCGGCUACGCGUUGUCUGGAGUCAUCGGAAUGAUUGUAUUGGCCCAAGUGGGUCCGUACACACGCUCUGCACUGGGUGAGAACGUCACAAUGACCGACGUGGUCUCGAACCGGUUUGGCUACGUUAUGCAGGUCUACGUGGGCUUCAUCUCGAUGUUCUACCAGUUCAUCUGCUUGGCCUCCGAGUACACGUCCAUCGCCCAAUUGACCACGAUGAUGUCGCCCAACGCACACCCGAUCGUCACGAUCUUGAUUGUGGCCUUCCUCACGAACCUCUACCUCGUUAUCGGCGGUCUCCGUGCCAGUCUAGCCACUGAUGUGUGGCAGGGCAUUGGAGUCGUCGCUCUGGUCGCUGUCGUGUGCGUCGCCAUGUUUGUCCACGUCUCAAUCCCCAGCGGUGCGUGGUCGAGUACGAACGUUGCGGCCUUCACAAGUGCCGGCUUCGAGACGCUUGUGACGCUUGUCAUCGCUGUGACGGCGUCCAACCUCUUCUUCACGGGCUUCUGGCAACGUGUGUACGCUGCUUAUGACGACAACACGCUUCGCAAGGCUGCGUACAUCGCCAGUAUCAUCAUUGCGUUGUUCACGGUGGCACUCGCCAUGGCUGGCAUGGUCUCGUACCUCGCUUACCCGGACGGCCCUCUGUUCUUUGCGGUGCUUAUCGACAUGGGCCGAGGCUGGCAAGUUCUCAUCGUUGUGGUCAUUGCCAUGCUGUCCAGUGGAGUGUCCGACUCGAUUCAAAUGGGGCUGGCUGCGGAGCUCACGACGUGCUUCCCCAAGCUCUCGUUGCUGCACGCACGUGUCAUCUGCGGUGAUACGACAUCUUGA